AUGGCAACCAGUACAAGUCUACAUCCAGUGAACUCUUUUGAAUUUCAGGCCGCAGUUCCAAAAUCCUGUCAGCUGCAACUUUUCCCGCCUUCCUCUAAUGUCAUAUUAUCUGGUCCCAACGCUACACCCUUAAAACAAAUGUUAAAACUUAGCGUUCCUCUAAAGGUUCGCCCACGUAUGAAAAUUCGUUUACAGUUUCUGAAGAAUGGUGAAACGAAAAGUGAGGAACUGCAAGUCGAUGAAUUUCCAUCCGUGCUCUGGCAGCACUGA